AUGAGCACCGUAAAGGGUGAUGUUUAUGGUCCAGAGUUGGAAUUUCCUGGCGACUCGUCAACAGCCUCAUAUGCUGCGUACGGGGUCCCAGACGGCACUACGUCAAACCAUCCCCUCGCAGAACACCAGGAGGAGGGAGAAAUACAGGACGAAGUCGACUACCCGUCGAAGUCUAAGCUCCACCCGAUAUUUCGCUUGGUGGUUGACAGCUCAUCCAUCUUACCCCCCAAACAUCGCAUCGCCGUCAUAGACGGAUAUUCGUCCGUCGAAAUUGGCAGAGAUGCUCAGAUACAGGGCUCUACGACCCCGCGAGUCCGCUUAAAGGAGCUCGAGGUCUCCAAGAUCCACGCGACGGCGUACUGGGACGGCGCGCAAAAGGAGUGGAAUAUCGUAGACAUGGGCUCCAAACAUGGAACUUUCGUUCGAGCAGCGGCAGACCCCCAGGGCUCGGACGCUCGCUUGUCGCAGCCACGCGUAGCUAGCCUACCUCGACGUCUCUCGCAUGCGGACGCGCUCACAAUCGGCGGUACGGUCUUCACGGUGCAUAUCCACAGCGACGGUCUCGCAUGCGAGGAGUGCUCCAUAGGCACGCUUACGCAGGAGAUACCCCUCUUCCCGAAGACGAAGACCGCCGGCGUGAAGCGCACGAGGGAGGACGCCCAAAUUGACGAGGCAGCGCCUAUCGCCCAACCUCGUGUCAACGCGAAGCGCGCUCUGCAUUCCUUGCGGAGCGAAUUGCUUUCUCGCACCACCGCAUCCGCCGCCAUUUCAGGACCCACGAAGGAGUACACCGACCGCUCAGCGCGCCGCCGGGCGCUCCAACCUACGCCACACACGAUGAGCCCAGGCGUGCAGACGCCCAGGGUGUACAGCCCUGCACCGCCGAAACCGGUACCACUCUCCCGCCCCGCGCCGUCCUGGGAGCCGCCUCCGCGACCGCGUACGCCUACUUCGGCGCCUCCUGUGCCCAUAGCGGCGAGCAGUAUAGGGCACAAGCUCCUGAUGAAGCAGGGGUGGGAACCUGGGACGGCGCUGGGCACUUCGUCCGCGGAUGACGAGGGCGGCGAGCGGAUGGCGCUACUGGAGCCACUGCAGACCGUCGUUCUGGGGAAGCGCGCAGGGUUGGGGUCUACGCCUGCGUCUGGGUCGUCGACGCCGCAGCCGGCGGGCGAUGGCGAUUGGAAGGAGGAGGCUCGCAGACGGCGGUGGCAGUCUACUCAAUGA